ACAGCUGUUUAUAAACAAGAACUAACCUGAUUUUUCCUGUUUUUAAAAAUUAUAAUAAUUUUACAUACAUCUCAAUCUUAUACAGACGAAGUUGGUUUAAUUGGAACUUAACAUAUAAAUCUCAGUAAACUCCGAUUAGUAAUGGAGCAAGACAAAUCAAAACCUAUUGGCAAAAUUUGUAUACCUGGAAUGAGAUUAUGUUCAGCAAAUAAAGAUCGUGUCGGUGGACCAGGUACAAACGUACUCCAAGGUUAUAUAUAUGCUGCCUUGGCAGGUAUAUUAAAAACCCACGAUGAUGAGAAAAAUAAGGUUACAGUCAUAUCCGUAGAAAGUCCGACAACUCCAAGUAUACUUCCAAAACCUGGAGAUGUGGUCACAGCGAAGGUGACUGUUGUUAAUUCUCGUGUAGUCCACUGCAUAAUACUAUGUGUAGGUCCACACUUGGUGAGACCGUACAGAGGGGUUCUCAAGAAAGAAGACAUCAAAUCAACUGAUAAAGAUAGAAUUGAUCCAUACAAGUGUUUCAGACCUGGAGAUGUUAUUUUAGCCAAAGUUCUUCCCUUGACAGAGAUUCACUGGUACCAUCUUACAACAGCUGAAAAUGAACUAGGAGUUGCCAUAGCGACAGCAGAGGGCUCACCCCAAGGUGUCAACAUGGUACCCAUAAGUUGGUCAGAAAUGCAGUGUCCGAAGACAUUAGUAAAAGAGCCACGGAAAGUUGCCAGGAUUGUACCAGAUUACUUCGAUCAAAACCAAGUGAUUUCUUUUACGGAUGCAGAAAAUGAAUCAAAGCCAAUCAAUGGCCCUAAGUAAAUGUAAAUA